AUGGAUUCUGCGAGAUUAAUGUUGGAAACCCAAGAAACUUACCAGAGAAACUUAGAUCAGCUGGAAGCGUUGUCGAAGAAGCUAAAGGCUAAAACCCUAAGGAACGAGGCUCCUUCUCAAUCUAUUGCCGCCACUAGACUUCUCGGGAGGGAGGGAAUCAAUGCUGAGCAACAACUAGCUCGUGAUCUCAAAUCUUUCGAGUUGAAGGUGAAGGUGAAGAUUAUUGCUCUGUCUACGCUAUUAACUGUGCGUGAAAUGGCUAUGGUAUCAGCUAUACAGGAAGCUCAAAAGGAUAAUGUUCAAAGCUUUAAUGAUUACAUGAUGAAAGUCCUGGAGGAGGAUUGGAGAAAAGAAAAAUGUGACUUCCUUCAGAGCCUUAGCAGAAUAUCAUUUUUACCUAAAACGAAUAUGACUGAUGCAAGCAGAGAGGCUAAUGCUGGCCAACUAGUGCCGGUGGGUUCGAGUUAUCGAGUAUCGUCCACACUAGGCAAAGAACUUGUGGCUCUGGCUAAUGUACCCAUUCAUGAGAAAAAGAGCAUACGUCUAUGGAGAGGUUGUGAAGAAACUUGA